AUGAGAUCCAUAUUAGUUACCCUGCCAUGGCUGCUAGCCGUGCCUGUGUUGGCAAGACAGGCUGAGGAAGACUGUGCAACCCAUCUCGUGCAGAGGAAGGCACAGGCACGCUUCGCUGAGUCGAGUUCCACCAACAAAAAGAAGUUGGGGAACGGGAAGCCGUGGGAUGUGUUCGAUUUCGUUGGUGCUGUGCACCACAAGUCUGGUGUCUACCUUUUGCACAAGAUUUGGUUCUACUUGUUCCAGGGCGUCCUGGGUGCUCAUGAUGACGAGAUGGGUAUCAUCAUCACGCCUUGCUACUCAUUAUGCCGGAAUGUAGAUGCGCCAAUCCGGUGGUAUGUUGACAUGAUGUCGCCAGAGCUCGUCGAGCGUGAGCGGGCCAGCGCGAAAGGGAAGGGAAAAGGCUUGCGAGUCACAGGACUCCUUCGAAACCCUGUCACCAUGGCGAUUUCUGCUUACUGCUACCAUGCCAGUGGCUCGGAGGUCUUGAACGUAGUCUUUUUUCCUCCGGGAUGGCCCCAAGUUUCCGUGCAAACCAUGCCUCCGGAAGAAGGGAUCCCCUUUGUCGCAGAGCGAAUGCUCCAGUAUGUGACAAACAUGACCGAUUUGUACGAGCAGGACGACAAUAAGUUUUUACACUACGAGAAAGCAACUUCUUCGUCUGAGAUGUUUGAUCAGGAAGUGAAAGAGUGGUUGGAUGGCCUAGUCGGCGACCUCAUCUCGAACGAUGAAAUGGAGCAGGCGCAGGAGGCGGCGAAAUGGGCAGACCUGCACCGCCACCCAGAGAAUGAUGAAGGCCACGCCACCGACCACGAGUGUCUGGCAAAGACCCAAGAAGCAUUCGCUUCGGUCGUGCCAGAAGACGUUCUGGCAGAGUAUCGUUCUUUGCAAAAGCGGCUUGGGUACGAAGUUUUGUAG